UCAAGCAAUUUAGAGAAGUGUGUUACAUUAUCAAGCGACAUUUGAGGACUGCUAAGCAGGAGCAACUCUUCUGAAAGAGUCUUUGUUACAAACAGUAAAACUAAAAUUGAAAUAUGAAUUACCACACAGCACCCAAGUCUUCAUACCGCCGAUUGAUUAUGCAGUCAAGAUCAAGUUCCCAAUCAUCUCCCGGCAACUUAUACUCUUCACCAGUUCAUCAGUCCUUCACAAAAUCAAGGAUCUACUCCACUCCAAACUCUGCAUCAAAUUUGAUGAGAAUGAGUGCUUCCGGCAAUAAUGAAGCAUUGGACUUUUCCCUGAUGGAUGCCAUAAGUGAUGAAUUCAGAGCCAACCGCACCAGUGAGAAAGACAAACUCAUUGAGCUGAACAACCGCUUUGUCAACUACAUUGAGAGGGUGAGGUCUAUGGAGCAACAAAACAAAAUUCUUCAAACUGAACUACAAGAACUGAAGGGCAAAGGCAAUUCCAGGACUGGGAAUAUCUAUGAACAGGAGCUUAGGAAACUGCGGCAGGAUGUAGAUCAGCUUACCAAGGAGAAAACCAGGAUCGAAGUGGCAAGAGACAACUUGUUGGAUGAAGUUCACAAACUCAAAAACAAGCUGAAGAUUGAAAUACAACAACGUGAGGAAGCUGAAAAUAACCUGUCCGAUUUUAGAGAGGAUGUCGAUGAAGCUACACUGUCCUGUGCAGAUAUGCAACAAAAAGUUAAUGCACUGCAAGAAGAAAUAGCCUUCUUAAAGAAACUUCAUGAAGAAGAACUCAAUGAGCUAGAAGUUCAAGAACAACAACAAACUAAAAUAGAAAUGAAUUUAGCUGCACCUGAUCUUUCUAUGGCUCUCCAUGAAGCUCGUUCUCAAUUUGAUAAACUUGCUGCAAAGAAUAUUUCUGAAACUGAGGAAUGGUACAAGUCUAAGAUUUCCGAUCUAAAUCAAAAUGCUCUCCGCACCAAUGAAGCCCUUCGCUUGGCAAAACAAGAAGCAAAUGAUUAUCGUAGGGAGGCCCAAGCACUAAAAUGUGAAGUUGAAGCACUUAAAGGAGCUAAAGAGCUUCUUGAGCGUCAGAAGGAAGAAAUGGAAAUACGAUUUGUCAAGGAGGCAGAAAAAUUCCAGGAAAUAAUUGGUCUCCGUGAAGAGGAAAUCAAUAAUUUGAGUGAACAGAUGAGCCGUCGUCUGUUUGAAUAUCAGGAUUUACUAAAAGUUAAGACGGUUUUAGAUGCUGAGAUUGCAACAUACAGGAAAUUACUGGAGUCUGAGGAAAACAGGAUUUCCAUGCCAUCUCCAAUUACUACUUCUCUGUUCCAGUCUGAAAUAGAAGCCAAACCUGAAGUUCAAUCACCUGUCAGGAAGUUGUCAGUGAAAACAAUUGAACUCAAAGAUGGAGAGGUAAUCGCUGAAACUACAGAACAUCAUGAACUAACGUUCACUGAUGAAACUACAGACCCAACUGAAUAUUAAGCUUCCAGUUAAAGAAUAGGAAUUCUGUCUUUUAAGAGGCAGUAUUCUAAGCAUAAAAGCAAAAUGAAAAUGGUGAUAUUGUUUCUCUGUUGCUCUUUCCUCAGAUGCUGCCUGACCUGCUGAGUGUUCUGGCAUUUUCUGUUUUCAUUUCAUAUUUCCAGCAUCAGCAGUUUUUUUUUGUUUUUUUUAAUUGUGAAGAAAAGAUUUAAGUUCUAGAGCUUUGUAGAUUUAUUUGAAGAGCUGCACAGAAGCGCUAUAUCAAAUCAUUUGCCAAAAUGGUAGUAAUAGCAGUAGUGGUCAGUCAAACAGUAUGAAAUUGUAUAACAUUUUGUCAGAGUCAUGAGUCAUAGAAUUGUGCAGCACAGAAAUGGGUCCUUAGUAGAGAUGGGCAAAGAGGUUGGACCUAAUCCUAUUUGCCUGCAUUAGGACUGUAUCCUUUUAUGCCUAUGUCAAACAACUUUGAAUUUGAAACUCUUUCUGCGUCAUUGUAUUGGGCAUUGCUAUAUCUGCUUAAUUAAAUAACCUGAGUUAAACCAGGAGAAAAUGAA